AUGAUGUGCGAAGUGCUGCCCACCAUCAGCCAGGACCCCCAGAGUGUGCCCAGGUGUGCCCAGGUGCGCGCAGGUGCCCAGGUGCCCAGGAUGAUGUGCGAGGUGCUGCCCACCAUCAGCCAGGACCCCCAGAGUGGUUCAGGACCCCCAGAGUGGUUCGGUGUUGGAUCAGUGACUCACGUCACUCCCAUCCCGUGUCUCCCCAGGUGUGCCCAGGUGUGCCCAGGUGUGCCCAGGUGCGCGCAGGUGUCCCCAGGUGUGCCCAGGUGUGCCCAGGUGCGCGCAGGUGUGCCCAGGUGUGCCCAGGUGCGCGCAGGUGCUCAGGUGCGCAGGAUGAUGUGCGAGGCCCUGCCCACCAUCAGCGAGGACCCCAGGCGGUUCAGGUGUGCCCAGGUGCGCGCAGGUGCCCAGGCGCCCAGGAUGAUGUGCGAGGCCCUGCCCACCAUCAGCCAGGACCCCCAGAGUGGUUCAGUGUGUGCCCAGGUGUGCCCAGGUGCGCGCAGGUGCUCGCAGGCGCGCAGGAUGAUGUGCGAGGUGCUGCCCACCAUCAGCCAGGACCCCCAGAGUGGUGUGCCCAGGUGUGCCCAGGUGCGCGCGCAGGUGCGCUCAGGUGUGCCCAGGUGCGCCCAGGUGUGCCCAGGUGCCCAGGAUGAUGUGUCCCCAGGUGUGCCCAGGUGUGCCCAGGUGCGCCCAGGUGCGCCCAGGUGCGCGCAGGCGCCCAGGAUGAUGUGCGAGGUGCUGCCCACCAUCAGCCAGGACCCCCAGAGUGGUUCAGGACCCCCAGAGUGGUGUGCCCAGGUGUGCCCAGGUGCGCGCAGGUGCGCGCAGGCGCGCAGGAUGAUGUGCGAGGUGCUGCCCACCAUCAGCGAGGACCCGCGGCGGGGCUCGGGCGCGGCCGAGGAGCCGGGGCUGGAGCAGCUGAUGGUGCAGAUGCUGCGGGAGCGCGAGCGGCUGCUGGAGACGCUGCGGGACACGCAGGAGGGGCUGAACACGGCGCACCUGCGGCUGCGCGACCUGGCCCACGAGCGGGACCUGCUGCAGCGCCAGCUCAACUGCGCCCUGCCGCAGGAGCUGGCGGCGCUGACCAAGGAGCUGAACCUGUGCCGGGAGCAGCUCCUGGAGCGCGAGGAGGAGAUCGCCGAGCUCAAGGCCGAGCGCAACAACACCCGCCUGCUGCUGGAGCACCUGGAGCACCUGGUGUCGCGCCACGAGCGCUCUCUCCGCAUGACCGUGGUCAAGCGCCAGGCGCAGUCCCCGGCCGGGGUCUCCUCCGAGGUCGAGGUGCUCAAGGCGCUCAAGUCGCUCUUCGAGCACCACAAGGCCCUGGACGAGAAGGUGCGGGAGCGGCUGCGGGUGGCCCUGGAGCGCGUGGCCGUGCUCGAGGAGGAGCUGGAGGUGUCCAACCAGGAGUCGCUGUCCCUCCGUGAGCAGCUGUCCCGGCGCCGCUCGGGCCUGGAGGACGCGGCCACCGACGGGGACAGCGCGGCGGAGCUGGAGGCGUCGCUGGGCCGGCAGCGCGUGGCCGCGCUGUGCCGCCAGCUGGGCCGGCUGCAGGACGAGGCCGCCGCGGCCCAGAGGGAGCUGGCGCGGGCGCACGAGGCGGGGGCCAAGCUCCAGAGGGACCUCAAGGAGGCUCUUGCCCAGCGCGAGGACAUGGAGGAGCGCAUCACGACGCUGGAGCGGCGCUACCUGAGCGCGCAGCGCGAGGCCACCUCGCUGCACGACGCCAACGACCGCCUGGAGAACGAGCUGGCCAGCAAGGAGAGCCUGUACCGGCAGAGCGAGGAGAAGGGCCGGCAGCUGCAGGAGUGGCUGGAGGACGCCAAGGCCAAGCUGCAGCUGACGCUGCAGAAAGCCGAGACCCUGCCCGAGAUCGAGGCCCAGCUGGCCCAGAGGGUGGCGGCGCUCACCAAGGCCGAGGAGCGCCACGGGAAUUUCGAGGAGCGGCUGCGGCAGCUCGAGGCCCAACUGCAGGAGAAGAACCAGGAGCUGCAGAGGGUGGGCACCCCGAAAAUGGGAAACCCCGAAAUUUGG